AUGCUCGCACCUCUGCGGCGAUGCCCGGCAUCUCUGCCGCGAGCCCUCAGCGCCACCACCCGGUUUGCUCUGCGCAGCACCUCAAUCGCCUCGCCCCGCGCUGGCCUUCCCUCGAGAAUCGCGCCUCUUCUGUCGGUUCGCGCAUUUCAGUCGACCGUCCGCCAGGCGGGUGCUCAGGCCGCCGCCGCCACUACCGCGACCGCCGACAUCUCUGCCUCACCGAUCACAAAGUUCGAGGAACUGCAGGAGAGAGGCAUCGUCCACAAAAAUGUCAUCAAGGCCAUUGUGGAUGAUAUGGGCAUCCACACCAUGACCGACGUGCAGUCCGCCACUAUCAAUCAAGCCCUGCAGGGCACCGAUCUCAUCGCACAAGCCAAGACAGGAACUGGAAAGACGCUCGGCUUCCUCCUUCCCAUGCUUCAAAACAUUCUUUCCAAGGACCCGAAGCUCGCCGAGCCAGACCGGACUAGUUCGUUUGAAACUUCGUUUGGUAGAGGAAAUUCGUUUGGUAGAGGGCGGUUCCAACGCCAGACGUCGCGUCGACCUCACCUUGUCCCGGACAUUCGUGCCAUCAUAAUCUCCCCGACCAGAGAGUUGGCCGAGCAGAUCGCGGUCGAAGCCCGCAAGUUGACCCGCCACACGUCUGUAAAGGUACAGACGGCCGUCGGUGGAACAGGCAAGCGUGAAGGUCUGCGAAGGAUCAUGACGGAAGGGUGCCAUGUUCUUGUUGCAACUCCCGGACGGCUCAACGACAUCCUUAGCGAUGAGUUCAACCCGAUUCCCGUGCAGAACCUGGAUUAUUUCAUCUACGACGAGGCGGACCGCCUAAUGGAGACUGGCUUUAUGGAGGAGAUCAAGGAAAUCCAGAAAAGCCUUCCGCCCACGUCGCUAAGAGACCGUCAGACACUUAUGUUCUCGGCCACCGUCCCCAAAGAAGUCGUCAAGCUUGUUCGUCAAACCUUGAAGCCGGGUUUCCACUUCGUCAAGACAGUUCGCGAUGACGAGGAGCCAACACAUCAGCGCAUCCCCCAAAAGGUCGUCUUCACCAAUGGCUUUGAGACUCAGCUACCAGCGCUUUUGGAGCUCUGCCAACGAGAAGCAAUCCUUUCGCAGAAGGGCGAAAAGCGCCCAUUCAAGGCUAUAGUCUAUUUCAACUCGCUGAAGGAAACCCAGAUCUCGUACAGUGCUUUCAACCGGAUUCGUCGCGCGCAAAGGUCUAAGCAUGCCCUGUGGGACGGCGACCUUCUCUUCAUUCACUCAGAUCUCCAGCAAUCAGCAAGACAGAGACAGGCCGACUCGUUUAGAGCCGCGGAGAGGGCAAUUUUGUUCUCCACUGAUGUCACUGCUCGCGGCAUGGAUUUUCCUAACGUUACGCACGUGAUACAAAUGGGCCUUCCUCGGGACCCUCCUGAUUACGUCCAUCGGAUCGGUCGUACCGGUCGUGCCGGCAAGGAGGGCGAGGGCUGGGUCAUCAUGCCCGAGAUGAACGCUUACCAAAUCCGACAAAAGCUUCCCGAUCUUCCGAUCAAGCCCGACAAUUCACUUGCAACUGCCACAGCCGACCUAGAAGCUUUGGAUGAGGUGCCCGAGCAUGCAAGCAACAUCAUCCAAGCCCUGCAGGAUAGCUUCUCGAAGGUUGACGAAAUGGAGCUCGAGGAGGCAUUCCCGCGCAUACUUUCGGCCGCUUCGAACACAAAGGAUAAGCAUGCUCUCGUCGAAAGCUUGAAAUCCAUGGCAAAGAAUCUAUGGGGAACCAGGGCUCAAGGGGCCGCGGGUUUGACCGGAAUUCACGCGAUGGGCGUGGCGGCUUUGACCGGAAUUCACGCGGUGGACGUGGCGGCUUCGACAUGA